AUGUCUUCGUCUUCUGAUGAAGAAAGACCCAAAGUUACAGAUCCGCCGUCAAAACCCGACGAUCCAAGCCAAAACCCUCGCAAUCCCUACUAUCUGCAUCCUGGAGAAAACCCAGGAGCCACCAUUGUUGCACCUCCUUUAGAUGACAACAAUUAUCAUAACUGGAGUAAAUCUAUGCGAAGAGCGCUCACAUCCAAGAACAAGAUUUCGUUCAUCAAUGGCACGCUUUCAAGACCGUCUCCAACAAGCACCGAUUUCGAGCUUUGGGAUCGCGCCAAUAGCAUGGUUCUUUCUUGGAUCAAUAGAACCCUCUCGCCACAUAUUGCUCAAAGCACUAUCUGUUUUGAUUCUGCUUUCCAUCUCUGGGAAGACCUUAAGGAAAGAUUCACCAAAGGUAACCAUUUCCGUUUCUCCGAUCUCUUGCGCGAUUUACAUUCCAUUCAACAAGGGGAUCGAUCCCUUUCCACAUACUUCACCGAUCUAAAAAUCCUCUGGAAUGAGCUUGAAGAUCUGCGUCCUACACCUUCUUGCUCAUGCCCUACACCUUGCAUAUGUGAUCUUGCCAAGGCUGUGCGUUCCUAUAAGCAUAUGGAAUAUGUUACCUGCUUUUUGAAAGGAUUGAAUGACAACUAUCACAACAUUUGCACCCAAAUCCUUCUCCUUGAUCCUCUUCCAACCAUCAGCAAAGCUUAUUCCUUAAUUGCCCAGCAACAACCAUCUAUAUCUCCAUCCCCAUCUUCCACAAAUCCCACCAUCCUCGCUGCUGCUUCUAACCCUAAAGCCAAAGGCAAAAUCUCAUCAAAAACCCCCAUGCUCUGCACUAAUUGCAGCAAAACAAACCACACAAUUGAAAACUGCUACUUUAAGCAUGGUUUUCCUCUGGGUUACCGCUCCAAGAAUACCAAGAACCCUGAUUCAAAAUCCUCAGCUACACCAUAA